CCGCCUUUCUGUCUCCUCUCUCCCUCCGUACUGGACUCCGGUGCAUUUCCGGCCCGGGGGGAAUUGGGCAUCGAGCGGGCCCGUGUGCGCGGGUGGCUGCGGCCGGCCCGCGGGGUGGGCGUGCGUGUGCCAAGGUCUCCUCCGUGCGCCCGCCCGAAGCAGAGCGGGUGCCAUGGCCGACGUGAGUGUGGAUCAGUCCAAGCUGCCGGGCGUGAAGGAAGUGUGUCGAGAUUUUGCUGUCCUGGAGGACCACACCCUGGCUCAUAGCCUGCAGGAACAAGAGAUUGAGCAUCAUUUGGCAUCAAACAUUCAGCGGAACCGUCUGGUCCAGCAUGAUCUGCAGGUGGCUAAGCAGCUCCAAGAGGAAGAUCUAAAAGCCCAAGCUCAGCUCCAGAAGCGAUACAAAGACCUUGAACAACACGACUGUGAAAUUGCUCAAGAAAUUCAGGAGAAACUGACUAUAGAGGCUGAGAGACGACGAAUUCAGGAGAAGAAGGAUGAGGACAUAGCACGUCUUUUGCAAGAGAAGGAACUACAAGAAGAGAAAAAGAGGAAGAAGCACAUUCCAGAGCCUUCUGGGAGCUGUGCCUUUGGGGAUAACUACUAUCAUGAAGAUGGAGACCAGCCAAGGUCAAGGAGGGCCAGGGAAGUGGGAAACUCAAGGUUUUAUAGACUCCAAAAUGAUGGAAAGCCUGUAAAGCAGAAGAAGGGGAAAUCAAGGCAUCUACUGGAGAACUUGGAAGAGAUGGAGGAACCAUUUUCAUCAGAGAGAUCUCUGCCUUCUAGCUCAGGCAGAGGGAGGGGUGAUGCCCAGACUUCCAGUGAUCAACAUGAAAGAAAGCAGACUGGUCAAGAGAGGCUCCGGAAACCUCCACUUCCGAAGAUCAGUGGUGAGGUGUUUCUGAGCACUGACUCUGAUGACUGGGAGGCUAAGAGUAGCCCUCGAGCUCGGAGUUGGGAAAAACAGUCCCGACACCAUGGCAGACUUUCACCCAAGUCUUCACAGAAAACAGGGCUUCCCUCUAAUGAAAUUGUGUGUGGGAGGGACCUUGGGCAAGGUGAUCACAGAGAACGGAGACGUAAGCCCAGGACUCCUCCCUUCUCAGAGGAUGAAGAGCUUCAACACCACCAUGAUGCAGGAAUGAAACCAAGAGGAAUAAAAGAAGCUGUCUGUCCUCCCACACGAGUGAGCCCCAGGGACCAGGAAUGGUAUGAUGCUGAAAUUGCCCGAAAAUUGCAAGAGGAAGAACUUUUGGCUACUCAUGUGGACAUAAGAGCGGCUCAGGUUGCCCAGGAUGAGGAAAUUGCUCGACUUUUGAUGGCUGAAGAAAAGAAAGCUUACAAGAAAGCUAAAGAGCGAGAAAAGUCAUCUUUGGACAAAAGAAAACAUGAUCCUGACUGCAAGUCAAAAGCCAAGUCAGCACACUCAAAAUCAAAAGAGAGUGAAGAAGCAUACCGUUCCAAGACUGACAGGCCAUCAAGACCCCCACCACCUACAGGGAUGGACCCUGUGGAUCUGGACCACACGCAUCUUACAAACCAGCACAGUGCCACUCGUCAUUUUUCAAAGGCGGAGCCCUCACAUAGAGGUUUCCAUAAUAAGCAGUAAAAGAAAACAAACAAAAAAUGGAAUCUGCCUUGAAAAUGGACUUGCUGUAGCACAUAUGAACUGAACAAUACCGAGUGCAUUCCACAUUGGCUGUCCUUCUGUGCCAUUCCUGCAGUUACUCUCAAGUGUUUUCUAACUAUAAAUAAUUUCAGUUCUCUUCACAUGUUUUGGGUUUUCUGGUCACUUGGGCAGUGUAAGGAAAUACAGCUUCUGAAUAUUGGCCACCUCUUCUCUGAAUCUGUUUUCUGAGACGUAAUUAGAACUUCACAAAAUGACGCUUGCUCAAUAUAGGAUAUCUACAUUUAGAGACUAAGGUUUAUUUAGCAAUUAGAAGUGUGCAGAAAUGGAUUACCAAAAAUCAUAGCAUUUUGAUUCAAGAAAGUAUAGUAAAGUAUAUGAAAUAGCCGCUUAGUUGUUGAUUAGUAUGAUGUUUUGAAGGAUAUUGUCUUUGGUUUUUAUCCUCUUUAGAAAAAGUAAAAUGACAACAAUAAGAUAUGGGGGAAAUGGCCAGAGCAGUGAAGUCUGGAAUUCUGAACACAUGGGUCAGUGGAGGCUCUGGAGAGCCACAGAACCUGCUAGGCGGGUGGCUUAGGGUGUCAUCCUUCAGCAUUGUGCUGCUGCUUCCUCCAUGUACUAAUAUUUAUUUGUAAAACCUUAAUUGUCCAAUCCUUUCACUCAGGUUCAUAAAGAGUCAACUGAAAAUUAAAGAAAAAAAUAGCCUUUUAUAGCUUUGAUUUUCCAAUUUAAUUGUGGAGCCAAAGGAAAUAGAACAUUUUCCUAAGAGUUGACGCCAUCAGUCUUACUUGCUGUGUACAGCAAGCAUCUUGCUCCUAGGAUAUAACAGUUUUUGUUGGCAAUCUCUCAGUGAUGUCUUAAGCACCUGUAAUAAUUGGGCUCAUUCAACAGAAAGUUGAAUUUGAUGAAGUGAGUCUUUGUCCAGGUGUAUAGUUCUGCUUCUGUGUUGAUGGCCAUUGUAUUCCUUUCCACAGGACCUUUAAACGCCCCUGAAAACUUCAGUCUUUGUCAGGCUGCUAAUUAAUAGAAGUAUCUAUUUGCCCAUAACACUUAGUUAAUAUAAAUAGCAGCCGAGCUAUGUCUGUAUCUGAUUGACAGUCUCCCAACUAGAUUUGCUGUUAUUUUCAUUGUAUGGGUUUUUUUUUGUUUGUUCAUUAUUAUUUUUUUGUCAUUUCAAUAUGCUGCUUAUUUAGGAAAGAAAAUAUAGUUUACCAUGAGAGAAAUAAUUUAGGGACUGCCUAUCUUCCAUUUGCCUUGUCUUUCCAGACUGUUUUAACCUUGGGGAGGAUUCUGGGAGACUGUUCCCAAGAGAUUUUGAUCACUGAUUGUAUAUCUUUCUUUAUAAAAGUUACAUAUGAUAGAAAUUUGAGUGAAGCAGUGGGCAAGAAACAGACAAAGUGGUGCAAACAUUUGGGAAGUGUGGAGGAGAGGGAAAUUAUAGGCCUGAGUGCCAUGAAAUACAUAUAGGAAAAUCUUCCUUUAGACAAAUGGAAAAUCUAGCCUUCAGUCCCAUUGUGUACAAUGGUUUCCAUAUCAAAGCUUAGUCUUGUUGGAUUAUGCUAAUGCUGUAUCUUUCUUUAAACUGCCCUGUGAUUUUACAUCAUGUUCCUUAAAGAUAUUUUAUACUGGUAACCUUAAAGAAAGAAAUGUAACUGCAUUUUUAUUUGAUAAUUAGUCAAAACAAGCAAUGUUUUUUGCCACAUUUCUGUUUUAUAAAUGUUUACUUUUGUAUUUCAUGAAAUUAUUAUUUUUACUUUAAAAGUGCAUUUUUUUGCUUUUCAUGGACUUCAUUUCAUCAUAUUUAUUGUUAUAAAAUGGACAUAUUACAGUUUUAAAAAAUGCCAAGCCACUUAACCGGAAUGCUGGAGUCUUACCUGUGGUGGUGGAUGGCCAAAGGAAUACGGCCCAUGUGAUAGCCAGCUCAGCAUCAGUAUUGGAAAAGCUGUUACUUUUCAAAGUUUUUUUUAAAGAGUAGAAUUUUAAAAUAUUUUGUUUAUUUUUUUGUAAAGUGAACAGUUUUUAAGAGUAUCAGUAAUUAUUUAGUUAUGACUAAGAAGAUAGAAAAAAAAUUUCUUAAUUAUUCUUAAUGUUCUCAAAUUUUGCUAUCACUCAAAUAAUGCAUUUCUGAGAUGAUAGGAACAGCUAAUAGCUCUUAAUGAACUGCCACUCUUCACUGUGGCUCCUGCUUUUUAAUUACCAUUUUUAUAUUAAAAUGAAUACAUUUAUUUUGUCCCUUCUGUUGUUGCAGUUUGAUGCAGUUUAAUUAUUAUGUCUAUACUGUAUUAUGUUUUGCUGUCAACAUAUAGACUAAUUCUUUUGUUUCUAAAUUUCUCUGUAGGUCUUGCCCUUAUACCCCCAGUAUUACUGAAUGAGCACAGUCUGUUAAGGAGUCUCAUCACAAGGUUACCUGACAUGACGCUCUCCCCUUUCCUUCCCUAGAAUUUUUUUUAACUAUUAGUUAGCAAAGAGCAUAGUUAAAAGUCAGAUUAAAUAUUCUAACUUGAAAGAAAAUUGAUUACAGUAUUCAAGCUACUGUAUUCAAUCUACUGUAUUCAAGCUACUGUUAGUUAUAAUUGCUUUGUUGCAAGAAUAGAUAAUUGCUUCUUUUGUUCUCAAAGAAUCUUGAGAACUUUUGGGAGUGACUUUGCAUGUCAUUGAAAUGCUAUGGGUCAAGUGAUUUUUAUAACAAAUGGCAGUAUAGCAAUGAACUAAAAACCAAAACAGCAACAACCAAACUGGUUGUCUGGUCUUAAGAAACACCUAAUUUAGGAAGAGAGAUGUUCAUAGAUGUGCACCAGAAGAAACCUUUCCAUAGUGACACUGGUCACAUGGACCUAGAUAACCAUGUUUUAAAAUAUGUAACCUUUGUUUCAUUGGAUUCUAAUACUGUUACAGGUUCUCUAAAUCUCUUCGUGCCAAAUUGAAAAAAAAAACAAAAAACUACUGUAAUAUGGUGCAUUGAUUUUGUUCACCACAUAAGUGGUUAACAUUUUAUAGCCUUGAUUUUUAAUGACUAAUGCCUUUGUAUAAAACUCACUUGGGAAAUAUAAAGGUCUAUUAUUCUUGAUUUCUUGUGUUUAUUUUUUUUAAUUUUUUUUUUUUUUUUUUUGAGAUAAGGUUUCUUUGUUUUACAGCCCUAGCUGUCCCGGAACUCACUCUGUAGACCAGGCUGGGCUUGAACUCAGAGAGACCUGCCUGCCUCUGCCUCCGAAGUGCUGGAAUUAAAGGUGUGUCCCACCACCCAUCUGUUCUUGAUACUUUUAAAAGAUAACUUCUGAUUGGCUAAGAUUAUAACUCUGAUGAUCAUUCGAGGCCCAUGCAGAAAUACUCAGAGGACAGACAGAAUUCCAUUUGAGGAGGAUAGUGUUUGUUGGGGGAGCACUGACGUUGAAAGGAAACAUUGCUCACCUUGAUUUCACUGCCUGUGCUGUGUUAUGUUCUUGUAGCAGCUCUAAAAAAAUCAAAACCUGAUCUUUCAGGGGAAAUAAGAUUUUUACAGUCUAUAAUGUGUGUAUUAUAUGCUGCUCAUAGCAGAGAAGUCACUCAAGAGUCACCCCAUCUUACUUGUUGGUGCCUGUGUGCUUCAAGAGCCAUAGCUGUGUAUCUGACUGGUAACAGGAUGCUUGUUUCUUCUUGCCCUGUGGUAGGGCAAUGUAGGCAGAGAGAAGCCUACUGUCUGGUGUCCUGUAAAUGCUGCAUGGAGCAGUAUUAUCCAAAUAUGUGGUGGAAGUUUUUGUUUGGUUGGGUUUUAUUAUAUGUAAGACAAUUAAAGGGAAGACUCAAAAGACUUUUGUUGCUUCUGCUGUGUAACUCAUCAGAAAUGCUCAAAUUUACUUUUAAAGUCUCU